AGUAGCCGGCAAGCUGCAUCCCUCUCUGCUGCAGAGGUUUAUCAACAGUCAGAGGAAACACCAAAAGUUGCACAGUUGCGGGCGACACGUCGGAGGAGCGAUCUGCGAACUGAUCCCAGUCCUGAUCUGAGCGAGUGCCUGCUGACACAGAGGAGGAGGCGGGUUACCACUUUGAAGUUCCAAAGGUGCCUCCAGACUUCAGAGACUCCUGGAAAUUACGAUGACUGACCGAUUUGACUGUGACAAUUGCAAAGAAUCGCUGUAUGGCCGCAAGUACAUCCAGUCUGAUGACAGCCCCUACUGCAUUCCCUGCUAUGACACCUUGUUCUCGAACACAUGUGACGAGUGCAAAGAACUGAUUGGCCAUGACGCAAGGGAACUCUUUUAUGAAGACCGGCAUUACCAUGAGCACUGCUUCCGUUGCUUCCGCUGCGAUCGCUCUCUGGCAGAUGAACCCUUCACUAGCCAGGAUGAUGCACUGCUCUGCAAUGACUGCUACUGUAAUGAAUUCUCCUCCAAGUGUGUAGCCUGUGACAAGAUUGUCAUGCCAGGCACAAGAAAACUCGAGUAUGCAGGUUCUACUUGGCAUGAGGGCUGUUUCAUCUGUCACAGCUGUUCACAGCCAAUUGGCUCAAAGUCCUUCAUUCCUGACAAGGAUGAGCACUACUGUGUGCCCUGCUACGAGGACAAGUUUGCUCCACGUUGCACACGCUGUAAAAAGACUCUGACCAAAGGUGGAGUGACCUAUCGUGAUGAGCCGUGGCAUAAGGAGUGUUUUGUGUGCACCAGCUGUAAGACCCAGCUGGCAGGUCAGCACUUCACCUCCCGGGAUGACAGCCCUUACUGCCUCAAGUGCUUUGGAAACCUGUACGCCAAGAAGUGUGAGGCCUGCAGCAAACCCAUCACAGGCUUUGGAGGAGGAAAGUACAUCUCAUUUGAAGAUCGUCAGUGGCAUCAGCCGUGUUUCACCUGCUCGCAGUGCUCUGUUUCGCUUGUUGGUGCUGGGUUUUUCCCUGAUGGCGACAGAAUCUUAUGCCGUGACUGCCACACCAGCCUAUAGAGCAUUCAUUUCCUAAAAUCCCACCUUUCCCUCAACUUACUCUUUAUUAUGGCUUUUCAAGAACCCUGAGUAAUUACCAAGACAGGAAACACAGGCUAACACAUACUGCCUCAGGUCAAUUUCUUUAUAUAAGACAUCAGUUACUCGAUGUCCCGUCUAUGUCAGAUUUUAAUCUAAAAGCUGGUGUCCAAAAUCCUGUUUUGAUGCUGCAUUGUUUGCAUGAACCCUCACAAAAAUUUCCCAAAAAAAGUUAAAAAAAAUUUUUCAAAUAGAUUUUGUUCAUGGAGUGCCUUAUUAUUAUAAAUGCAAAUUGCUUGUAACUGUGUAAAACAUUUUUUUCCAUCAAUAAUGUAACUUCAGGUAGAAAUCAUACUCUGAAGAAAAGACACCAAACACUGAUACAGUAUAGUAGAUGAAACUUGCAGUCUAUAUUUUAAAAGUGUAAUGGAGUUAUUGUUUUAAUGCUCUUAUAACUGCAGUUUUAUGCAUUUUGAAUGUUUCCUUUCCUCACGUGUCAGUUGCCUUUCUCUAUUGUAUGUCUUUCUUUGUUCAACUUAACAAUUUACUGUAUAUAAUGAUCCAGAAAGAGGUGGGACAUUUUAAAGAAUUAGACAUUUCUUUGUAAAUGGAAAAAUACGAAUGAGAAGAACAUGAAAAGCUGAACAUAUGUUUAUUAUUGUAGUCAGUUCUUAUUAUUCACUCCAAAUUAUUUGCACUUUGGGUAAGAUAUGUACGUGCACAUAAAAACAUUCACUUUGCCUCCCUGUAGCUGUUACUUGCUGUUAUGAGGACAAGGCACAAGAAAUACAGAGCAUUUUUUGUCAUGUAUCUGCUUAUAUUGAGCUUUGCAAUGACACUUUUUACAUAACAUUUUAUCUUAUUUCCUUUUUUAGUUGUUUUAAUAAUUCUUUAUACAUAUAUAUCUAUAUAUAUAUAUAUAUCUAUAUAUAGAUAUAUAAUCAUUCUACAAAGAGCCAGCAUUAAUAACCUAAAAGAAGCUGAAACAUCAACAUUACUGUUGUGUGUGGCAGGAAUACGCACCGCCUGCCGUGAUUGGCCACACUAAUUAUUUUGUUUCUGUUGAAGCUGUUAUUGUUUGUUUUUUUCAUUGUAAGUUUGUAUGAUACACUUGUGAAAAUUCUAUUAAAAAAUACCUUAAUAAUUUCAUUAUUUCAGCUUUGAUGCUGGUGAGUCAGAGUUGGCAAAUAUACAUUUUAAGAUGGAGAAUAGGCCAUCAGGAUUAAAACUAUGAACAUACCUGUAACUCAGAUGAAAAUUGAUAUGGCUGAAUGCUUAGUUUUAUUUUGAAGACUUGUUAAAUAAAUUCACACUGACUUUGA